AUGGGCAGCCUGGAUGCCUUCCUGGGCCGCUGGCGCCUGGAGUCCAGCGAGGGCUUCGAGGAGUUCAUGAAGGAGCUGGGUGUGGGCAUGGCCAUGAGGAAGAUGGGAAAUAUGGCCAAGCCAGAUCUUAUCUUCAGCCAGGACGGAGAUACCUUCAAAGUGAGAACAGAAAGUACCUUCAAAACAUCAGAAUUCUCCUUCAAAUUGGGAGAGCUAUUCACUGAAGAGACGAUAGAUGGCCGAAAAACAGAGACCGUUCUAACGUUAGGUGACGAUAACGUGUUAACCGAGGUCCAAAAAUGGGAUGGUAAAGAGACCACGAUAACAAGGAAGGUGGUAGAUGGGAAGAUGAUUGUGGAAUGUGUCAUGAAUGAUGUCAAAUCUACUCGGGUUUACAAGAAAGCAUGAAGACCCUGGUCCCCCAUUUAUAUUGGGAGCUGA